AUGGAGCACGUCCUCGUUAAAAGGCACAAGGAAGUGCCAGGAUGCGUAUGGCAGCCGGGCAUGGUCGGCCCGGGAUGCAGGCCUCCAUCGGCAGUCAAGAAAGCUGCCAUGGCCGGCAAGGAUAGCUACUACGAAAUGGAGAAAUACAGCCGCAUCACCACCUGGGUUUUACUCGCCCUCCUUGGCGUGGUUAUGCUUCGCCAUCUCGUCGCUUCGGUCCGCCACAGCACUCGCUCUCGCCUCUCGCUAGCACCGCUGUCCAUUCCUGGCUACUGCUCGUUGGCAGCGCUCUGCCGGGGCAUCGGAUAUUAUCGCCCAAAGAGGAUCUUUGCCCGCACUACGGUGCUUGCAGAGCUGGUUUCGGCCGACCGCUUCCCUUCGCUAGGCAACAUUAUCGCCAUGGCAGUACCGUCCCUCGGCUUCAUCUGCUGGUGCUUCGCCGUCAAGCCCUACUACCGCCCCGCCGCAGUGUGGGGUAGCACGCCGCUCGGUGUACGCGCCGGUAUGAUCGCCAAUGCAUUCUUCCCCUGGCUCUUUGCCUUCGGCCUCAAGUUCAACCCCUUGACUUUCCUGACCGGCAUCAGCCACGAAAAGCUGCAAUUCUUCCACCAGUGGUUGGCACGAUUGAUUCUCUUCUUCAGCAUCGUCCACACCGUGCCCUUUCUCUGGCAGCCCGUUCACGACGGAGGCUUCAGCAACCUCAAGGCAUGGUAUUACUACGACAAGAUCUGGUGGACUGGCACCGUCGCGCUCGCUAUGCUUGCCUGGCUCGUCGUGUCGUCCUUUGGUUACUUUCGUCGCAUGUCGUACGAAUUCUUCGUGCUUCAGCAUGUCAUCACCAUCAUCCUCUUCCUCGUCUUCUACUUUAUGCACACCCGCGACCUUCUGCAUUCGUGGGCGUGGCUUUGGCCCUCCAUCGGCGUUUGGGGUUUCCACGUGCUGCUCAAAUUCGCCAACUCGCUCCGGAUCAGCCGCUUCACGGGCGUACCGGCCACCGUCACCCUCGUCGACGAGGACGAAAGCCUCGUCAGGCUCGAGGUCUCUGCGCCUGUAAGCUGGUUGCCAGGCCAGCACUUCUUCCUUCGCUUCCCAACAAUCAACAGGUCGGCUCCCUACCAGACGCAUCCCUUUACCGUGGCCAACUUGGCUUCGCCUGACGUCAACAUGGACUCGCACCUCGUCUUCUACUUCAAGGCGCGUGACGGCCUGACCCGCAAGAUCUGGGAGCAUCUCAUGCGCCAACCGCCAGUCAAAGGCAAGGUUUCCACCGCGCUCACCGUCGGGCUCGAUGGGCCAUAUGGCUCGCCCUUCCAGCCUGCAGCGUACCAUGCGGACCUCAUGCUCGCAGGAGGCGUGGGUAUGACGUCGACGCUUCCGGCACUCAUGUCGCUGUGCCUUGCAACACGAUCAUCGCGCCAGGCGUUCACUUCCCGCGUCGCGGUCCACUGGGCCGUUCCGUCGAUGCGCCUCUACGAGGCUUUUGAGCCUGCGCUCCGGCCGAUGCUCGAGCACCUCAGAACAGUGGGCGUCGACGCCUCGCUGGACGUGUAUUGCCGAGCAGCCCUGUCAAAGGCCACAAGAGAAGGCACGUCGGAGGACCUCUCCACAUCCGCAUCGGCCAAGUCGUCAUCUUCGGCCCUGGCAUCGUUCGUGCGCAUCCAUACUGAUCGUGCCAACGUGCCGGGCAUCAUCGACAGCUUUGUCGACAGCAGCUCGUCGAACCGCGCGGUCGGUGUCGCCGUCUGUGGGCCUGCGUCGAUGUUGAGCGAGACCGCCAACACCGUGGCCCGCCUGCAAUGGUCGCACGUCAUGGCCUCGUCAAGCACAUUGCAGGAGCUCUAUCUCCACACAGAGGCCUUCGACUGGUGA